CUCUCCAUUGAGCCACUCGACUCAUCAGAUCUGGGAGAAGAAUGAGCCCAGGAAAUCACUCUGAAGCAUCCUUCUUUGUCCUUGAGGGGUUGACAGACAAGCCUGGGCUCCAGAUCCCACUCUUCUCCCUGUUUCUAUUGAUCUAUGUGGUCUCCGUGGCAGGAAACUUGGGCUUAGUCUUUUUAAUCAGGAUUAGCUCUCAGCUCCACACACCCAUGUAUCAUUUCCUCGGUAACUUGUCCUUCAUAGAUCUCUGCUACUCCUCUGUUAUAAUCCCCAAGAUGCUGGUGAACUUUGUUUCCGAGAAGAAUUUUACAGCCUUUCCUGAAUGCAUGGCCCAACUGUUUCUGUUCUCUUUCUUUGGUAUUGAUGACUCCUACAUGCUAACAGCCAUGGCAUAUGACCAUUAUGUUGCUAUCUGCAACCCCUUGCUCUACAAUGUCACCAUGUCCCACAGAGUUUGUAUGCUACUGUCCACUGCUGUGUAUACUUUGGGGGCCUUCGGGGCCACAGUUCAUACCAGCUACAUAUCCAGUCGUUCCUUCUGUGGAACUAAUAUCAUUCACCACUACUUCUGUGACAUCCUCCCUCUUCUAAAUAUAGCUUGCUCUAGAGACUAUACCAAGGAGUUUGGGGUGAUGAUGGUUGUUGGAUUUAAUGUUUUUGCAAGUGUGUUUGCCAUCUUCAUCUCUUAUGCCUUUAUCCUUGCCAGCAUCCUGCGAAUACGUUCAGCUGAUGGCAGGUCUAAAGCCUUCAGUACCUGCAGCUCCCAUCUUGCAGCUGUGGGAGUCUUCUAUGGCUCCAUCAUCUUCAUGUAUUUUAAACCAUCUACAGGUGACACAACCCAGGAGAAAGUGGCUUCUGUCUUUUACACCACUGUGAUUCCCAUGCUUAAUCCCCUUAUAUAUAGCCUGAGGAACAAAGAUGUCAAAGAAGCCAUUAAAAAGGCUGUGAGUAGUGGGCUAUUCUCUUAGUCUGUGUAGGAAAAAUAAUUCAUCUUGAAGCUACAAAUUUAAACGUUCAUUUUGUCUUUUUUCAUUUUGUCUUUUAAAUUGUCUUGAAUAUAAGAAUAACUAUUCCAAGUUGAAGGAUCAC